AUGAGGCUGCUAUUUCUUCUCUUCCUCCUCCUUGUGUGUCUCGCUCAGACAACAUCAGGGCACAAAAGAAAUUCAAACUUUCGUUCAUGUGAGAAAAUGGGUGGCAUUUGCAAGAGUCAGAAAACCCACGGGUGCUCCAUCCUGUCUGCAGAAUGCAAGAGUCGUUACAAGCACUGCUGUAGGUUGUAA